UGCUGUUCCACAUCUGCAGCAUCUGCAGCUCUUUCCCACGUAGAUCAGUUGGCAUUUUGUCUUUUCAAUCUGUGACUGUUGCACAAAGUCACCUGUUGGGCAAGGUGACAGAUGUCUGGCACCGAGUGAGGGGUGUGAGCGGUGGGCGCUCAGUAGGAGGAACAGAACAAAGACUGUGUUUAAGAGGGAACUGUAGAUGCUGGAGAAUCGAAGGUUACACAAAAAAGCUGGAGAAACUCAGCGGGUGCAGCAGCAUCUAUGGAGCGAAGGAAAUAGGCAACGCUUCGGGCCGAAACCCUUCUUCAGACUUCAGAACAAAGACUGUUGCUGGCGGCAGUGAAUGUGUUAAGGGGGUGUGCUGAGCGGCGGAGAGUGAAGGGCCUGUCCCACUUGCAUGCGUUUGGCGCGCCCAAACGGAAGCGGAGUUCGUGCCUGUGGCUGUGUGUGUGUGUGUGUGAAUCUGUGCGUGUCUGUCUGUCUGUCUGGUCUCAGCGCGGCCACAAAGUGCAUCCUCGGGACCCUGAGACUGCUGACGCCACCACGACCAGUUGCCUGCGCUGGUGCUGGUGCACAGACUGCGAUCUCUGUGUCUCUCUCUGUCUCUCUGUCUCUCUCUCUCACACACACACACAGGAGAAAACAAAGAUAUGGUGCGCCCUUCCAACGAGAGCGGAAAAUAGUCUUUGCUUUGUCCCCGAGCUACCUACCGAUGAUGGGCUGCUGCAUCUCUAGAGAAAUUCUGACGGCUGCCUACGUUAACCCCGCGAGUGCCGGCGAUGUCUCUCAGAGCAGAAGCACCGGCGCGGGUCAGGACAAGAGGGAGCAGCCGGAGUCCGCAGAAGCACAGGACAUCUGCAAGCAAGACAGGACAGAUUUCUGCUGGGACCCCAUUCUCCAGAAUUGCUUUGGAAGUACCAAUGGAUUUUUCUCUGGCUCCAAGCAGACCCUGAAUGGCUAUGAUGUUAAUGCACUGGCACGAUCAUCGCUGGUUGGCUUGGUUCAGACAGCCAAGGACCACAUCACCAAGCCGACAGCCAUGGCACGUGGGCGAGUUGCCCACAUCAUUGAGUGGAAUGGCUGGGGCACCCAUCGUCGCAGUUGUGACGCCCCCCGCAUGGACGAGGACCAGUACUCCACGUUGACCGAUGAGCUGAAGGAGGCUCGCUUUGCUGCAGGCGUUGCCGAGCAGUUCGCCAUCACCGAGGCGACCCUGAGCGCUUGGUCUUCGCUGGACACGGACGGCGUGCUUGGGGACAGCAGUCCCAGCAUCGCGGUGAACUACCUCAAUACGGAGGACAGUUACUAUGAUGAUCGCUCCCUCAGCGGGUCCCAGGGCCUUUACUCGUUGAAUGUGGAGGGGCCUUGUGUUGCCGUCAGCCCUCACUCAUCGUCGAUGGGCAGCCCGGCUGGUGAAGAGUUGCCCGUGGACAAGGACCCUGCCCACCCCCUCACUGGGACCUUGGGCCUCGAGCCCCCGAAAUGCCUGUACCUGCCAGAGGCCAGCGGUGGUGGGCUGGACAUACACAGGACACUGCAGCAGAGCACAGGCAGUCACCUACAGCAUUCCCACUCCAGCAACACCAGCUCGCUCAUUGAAGACGACGUCUUUUAUAACUAGACUACAAGAGCCGAAAAUCCACAACCACUCACACACACGCACACUCUCAACCUCCGCACUCACUCUGGCUGCUGGUUUAUUCCAUCUCAACAUUUAUAUAUGUGUCUAUGUGUG